CAAUGUGUGGUUAGAGAGGUGAACACCACUGAAAUAGGAUACAGUAGGAUAUGAUGACAGCGAUGAUGAUACCAAGGUUGAUGAUGAUGGCUGAUGGCUAUUGACAAAAGAGUGUGGAAUGAUGUGAUGGACUAUUGUGUGCAGGCACAACUGAGCCGGAAGAGCAGGUUUGCUCUAGGAGACGAGGAUGAUGAUGAAGGCGGUGGCGGUGACGUGCUCACUCACCUUGGAACAGUUAUAGACGACUAUGAGGACGAUGGAGGGGCCAAUCAAGAUGAUGAGGGUUAUGAAGAUUCGCUUGACAGGGAGAUGGUGGAGAGGCUCCAUUUUGGAGGGGGGUUUGUGGCCAAGAAGGGAGCUUCAGCUGCCGAUCGAAUCGACGAGGAGGAGCGCCCAAAGUCAAAGAAGGAGGUCAUGGAGGAGAUAAUUGCAAAAAGCAAGAUGCGUAAGGCACAAAGGGCAAAGGAGAAGGAGGAGGAUGAGCACUUGGUGGAAGAACUGGAUAAGCAGUUCAAAGAACUUCAAGGAAGCCGAGCGCUGGCUAUGGCGAUGAAGAAGAAGAAGGAUGCAAAACCGACAAUUGGCGAAUCAGUGAUGAGCAGUAGCAAAGCGUUAGCGCCAGAGCAGGAAACAGACGAAAAGAGAGGAGCCGAAGGUGGCGGUGCAGAUGGCAGCAAGGCACAAGUUGACGAUUACGAGAAGAUGACCAAGGAACUGGUUUUCGAGAUGAGGGCCCGUGCCUCCGAUCGGUUGAAGUGCCCGGAAGAAGUCGCUAAGGAAGAGAGACAGAGGCUAGAGGCUCUGGAGAAAAAGCGGCAACGAAGAAUGCAGGCGGACUUUGAGGGUGACGAUGAUGAUGACGAUGCGGAGAAGGAAGAGCAGAAAGGCUAUUACGCCUCGAGGAGAAAGCAGAGAAAGCAGGAGCUGAAGAAACGGACUGAGCCCUCGGGAGAUGAUCUUGGAGAGAACUUCGUUCUCAAGAAACCUAGGUUGGUUCUGAAAGAUGGGAUAUUGGGGAUCGAAAGCGAAGAGGAAGAGGGGGACCAGGGAACUGAUGAUGAUGACAAUAACGAGAAAGGCGGCAGACGAAAGGCAGAGAAUAGUGACAACAAAGAGGAAGAAGAUGACGACAAGGAUGACAGCAGUGAUGAUGAUGCCGGCUCGGCUGAAGACACUGACGAUGAUGAAAUUGCUGAGGAGGAGGAGGAAGAUGACGAGAGUGAUGGUGAGGAAGAAGGACCCGAACACGGAAGGGACUGGGAGCAAGAUGAUGAGGAUGACUUAGUCACAGCUGUGAGUGCUGCUGCCAAGGACGCGGAGGGAGAGGAAAAGACGAAAAGAGGUGUGUCGACAGCGGAGAAAGGGAAGAAAGGUAUGCCACGAUGCAUGGAUAAAGAGGAUAAGUUGCUGGGCAGCAAAAAAAAGUCUGUAGUGGCUUCGGCGAGGAAGGAGCUCCCAUUUGUGAUUGAGGCACCGAAGACAUUAGAGGAGUUCCGGCGCCUUGUCGAUCACCGAUCUGUGAGAGAGUUAAGGGUGGCAAUAGAGAGAAUUUGCACUUGCAAUGCAAUUUCUCUGGGCAGCGAGAACAGGAAGAAAAUGCAGGUGUUCUAUGGAGUGCUCCUGCAGUACUUCGCUGCUAUCGCUGGCGAGCGACCCCUGCCCUUGGAUCGCAUCGAUGCGCUUACACAGCCGUUGAUUGAAAUGAGCGCCAUCACGCCACUCUUCGCGGCAGUCUGCGCCAGGGAGCGUCUCAUGCGCAUGCAGCAACAGCUCUCUGCAAAAUUUCAAUGUCCAGGUUCGACAGGAAGUUUCUGGCCAACUGUCAGGACUCUGCUUUUGCUGCGGCUAUGGUUCCUGAUCUUCCCUCCAUCAGAUUUUGAACAUCCAGUCUGCUCACCGGCUUUGCUCAUCACCUCUCAAUACCUUAUGAGGUGCCCGGUUCAGUCAUUAAGAGAUGUUGCAACGGGAACUUUCCUAAGUUCCCUCAUGCUCAGUGUUUGCGGUCAAGGCAAACGAUUCUGUCCAGAGGCUAUCAACUUCCUUCAUUCCCUGCUGCAGACGGGCUUGCCAGAUGCAGACCAGUACUCAGGAGGAGACCAGAACGCAGCACCUGGGCCACAGCUGAAAAGUGUCUCUCAGCUGCUUGUGUGCACUCGCCCUUGGCUGAAAUUGGAGGACCCAUCAAACGCAAUGAAGGAAGUGAAGCCCCUUGAUUUUGUUGCUGUGCUUGGCUCGGCAGAAGAUAACCCCAUCCCUCCAUCGGAAAAUUUCAGGGCAAGCCUGAUGGUAGCUGCUCUCAAGUGUUUGCACGGAUUUGUCCGAAUCUAUCGGGACCUCAGCCCUUUUCCGGAGAUUUUCUCCCCUGUGCUGCAUACUUUGAGAGAGCUGAAACCAGCAGUCCCCGCCUGUAUCAGCACUUUGAUUUGUGCAGUGGAGGCAGAUAUUGCCCAAGCAGCGGAGUAUCAGAUCACCUGCCGCAGACCGCUCCGGUUGCACCUCAAGAAGCCUGUUCCCAUCAAACAGUUUAACCCAAGAUUUGAAGAGAACUUUGUGUUGGGCAAGGAUUACGAUCCAGACAGAGAGAGGGCAGAGAGAAAGAAACUUGAACGGAACCUAAAGCGUGAGGCCAAGGGAGCAGCAAGGGAGCUCCGCAAGGAUAACUACUUCAUGGCAGAGGUGAAGUUGAGGGAAAAAGCAGCAUUGCAGGAGGAGCGCAACGAGAAGUACAAGAAGGCACUCGGAUUUCUAGAGUCACAAGAGGCGGCAUUCAAGUCCGGACAAUUGGGACGUAGACCAGGAAAGAAGAGGCGGAAAUAACGAUGAGUUUGUCAGGUGCCGUUACAGCAAUUUUGCUGCCCUUGCUGCUGUCACAGCCACCACCACCCCAUCUCUCUUCCUUUCCUUCCUACCCGUCCUACCCUUUUUUGUAAACCACCACCACCACCACCUCCUCCUCCUCCUGCUCCUCAUAUCCUGCUUCAUCCUUCUCGUCUUCCUCUCCUUUGCUUCUGCUGCUAUCCAGCCUAUGUGGCUGACUGCAGCACACGUCUAAUUUGUCAAUCGACAGAUCGGGAGUUGGAUUCCUGAUGGAAUCAGAUGGCUACAAUGAGGUUAGGAGCUAAGUACCCCUGACUCCUGCCACCAGUUUUUCUUAUGUACAUAAAGGAGGAGAAGAGGUGUCUUCUGCUGCUGUGGCUGCUACACUGCUGGUUAUUAUUUUCCUCCUCUCGUCUGGUGUUUCUCUUUGGCCUGCUCUUUGUGGGCAGAAAAGGCAUAACCUGAUAACACGGAUUUCCCCUUCUCUUUUUGAAGUGGCACUUAUUUGUGUUAUGCGGAAAAGCAGUUGUCCUUUCAGUUUUGUCAGAUGAGUUGCAUUCUUAAAGUCGUUGGUCUCAUAGUCUUUGUUAUAUGCACACACUAGGGAGGAUUCUCACUAGUUUUGCUUUUAUGCAUUUUGAACC